UUUUACGAGAACCUUUUUUAAUACAAAAAUGGCAAAUUCGACGGGUAAAAACCACGCAGACCAGCGGAGAAAGGGACUCGCUUUCCUGGACGAGCUGCGGCAGUUUCACCACAGCAGAGGGUCUCCUUUUAAGAAGAUCCCCGUGGUGGGUGGGAAGGAGCUGGAUCUUCACGCUCUCUACACCAGAGUCACCACUUUAGGCGGAUUUGGGAAGGUAUCAGAGAAGAAUCAGUGGGGAGAAAUUGUAGAGGAGUUUAACUUUCCCAGAAGUUGUUCUAACGCUGCCUUCGCUUUAAAACAGUAUUACUUGCGUUAUCUAGAAAAGUAUGAAAAAGUCCAUCAUUUUGGGGAGGAGGAUGAUGAGGUACAACCAGGCAAUCCAAAGCCACAACUUCCUAUUGGUGCAAUUCCAACUUCCUAUAACUACCAGCAACACAGUGUGUCAGAUUACCUUCGUCAAAGCUAUGGGCUGUCUAUGGACUUUAACUCACCAAAUGACUAUAAUAAAUUGGUGCUUUCACUGUUAUCUGGACUCCCAAAUGAAGUGGACUUUGCAAUUAAUGUAUGUACUCUUCUUUCAAAUGAAAGCAAGCAUGUUAUGCAGCUUGAAAAGGACCCUAAAAUCAUCACUUUACUGCUUGCAAAUGCUGGAGUGUUUGAUGACACUUUAGGAUCGUUUUCUGCUGUAUUUGGAGAAGAAUGGAAAGAGAAAACUGAUAGAGAUUUUGUUAAGUUUUGGAAGGAUAUUGUUGAGGAUAUUGAAGUUCGUGAUCUAAUUUCGGACAGAAGCAAAUCUCAAGAUAUUCCAUCAGAAGAAUGGAUUUGGGAAUCCUUAUUUCAUCCACCUCGCAAAUUGGGCAUUAAUGAUAUUGAAGGGCAGCGGGUACUUCAGAUCGCAGUGAUUUUACGUAAUCUUUCUUUUGAAGAGGGAAAUGUUAAGCUUUUGGCAGCUAAUCGUACUUGUCUUCGAUUCCUGCUACUCUCUGCUCAUAGUCAUUUUAUUUCUCUACGGCAGUUGGGGCUUGACACGCUGGGAAAUAUUGCGGCAGAGCUUCUUUUGGAUCCUGUUGAUUUCAAAACUACUCAUCUAAUGUUUCACACUGUUACAAAAUGCCUCAUGUCAAGGGAUAGAUUUUUAAAAAUGAGAGGCAUGGAAAUCUUGGCAAAUCUUUGUAAGGCUGAAGAUAAUGGUGUCUUAAUUUGUGAAUAUGUGGAUCUGGAAUCGUAUAAAGAGAUCAUAUGUCAUCUCACGCUACCAGAUGUGCUGCUUGUAAUCUCAGCACUUGAGGUGCUAUACAUGCUCACAGAAAUGGGAGAAGUGUCCUGCUCAAAGAUUGCUAAAGUAGAGAAGAGCAUAGAUACAUUAGUAUGUCUGGUUUCUAUGGACAUCCAGAUGUUUGGAGCUGAUGCACUUACUGCUGUAAAACUCAUUGAACAUCAGUGCGUUCCCCAGCAAGGAGUACCUGAUGUCAGACCACAAGUAAUGGAUCAUGGUUCACAGGCCCAUGCAACAGGUGUCCCAGCCUCUAGGACAGCACCACAUGUUGCUCCACCACCGGGAAUAGUAGAAAUAGACAGCGAGAAAUUUGCAUGCCAGUGGUUGAACGCACAUUUUGAGGUGAAUCUUGAUUGCUCAGUCUCUCGAGCAGAAAUGUACUCUGAAUACCUCUCUACCUGUAGUAAAUUAGCUCGAGGUGGAAUCCUAACAUCAACUGGAUUUUAUAAAUGUCUGCGAACUGUCUUUCCAAAUCAUACAGUGAAGAGAGUAGAAGAUCCAAGUAACAACGGUCAAGCACAUAUACAUGUGGUAGGAGUCAAAAGGAGAGCUAUACCACUUCCCAUUCAGAUGUACUAUCAGCAGCAACCAACUUCGUCUGCCCCAGUUGUCCGGGUUGAUUCAAUUCCUGAUGUGUCUUCGUCUCCUUCGCCAGCAGGAAUCCCACAUGGGCUACCAAGCGUAGGAAAUCACUAUCAGAGGACGCCUCUUAACCAGUCUUCAACUUUGACAGCAACACAGAUGUCUUUUCCAAUUCAAGGUGUUCAUACUGUGGCACAGACUGUUUCUAGAAUUCCACAAAAUCUUUCUGUUCAUACACAGCAGCAACAAAAUGCUCCAGUGACUGUUAUACAGAGUAAAGGUCCAAUACCCUGUGAAGUAGUGAAGGCCACAGUAAUCCAGAGCUCUGUUCCCCAGUCUGCAGUUCCUGUUACUAUUGCUGUAGGAGGAGCACCACAAGCUUCUAAUCAAAGUUACAGCACUACAGGACAACAGCCGUCUGUUACUGUUGUUAGUUCUCAGACGCUGCUUCACCACCAACCUGUAAUUCAACAGCAGUCUCCACUGCAUGCGGUGGUACCAGGACAGAUACCUUCAGGCACUCCUGUGACGGUAAUUCAGCAAGCUGUACCUCAGGGUCAUAUAUUUGGCAGAGUACAAAACAUACCAGCAUGCAGUUCAGCAGUUUCACAGGGUCAGCAGCUAAUCAGCACAUCAUCGCAACCUGGGCAGACAUCAUCUCAGCAGUCUUCUGUUGGCAACCAGCAACAAGAUACCGUCAUCAUAGCACCACAGCAGUAUGUCACGACCUCUGCAUCCAACAUUGUUUCUGCCACCACGGUUCAAAAUUUCCAAGUAGCAGCUGGGCAGGUGGUUACGCUCGCAGGUGUCCAAAACCCACCAACAUCUAGGGUAGGGUUUCAGAAUAUCGCACCAAAGCCUGUGCCGUCUCAGCAAGUUCCACCAGCCGUGGUACAGCAGCCAAUGCAGCCGCAGCAGCAGCCUCCGCCACCAUCUCAGCAAAGUGUAGUGAUUGUAAGCCAGCCAGCGCAGCAAGGUCAAACGUAUGCACCAGCCAUUCAUCAAAUAGUGCUUGCUAAUCCAGCUUCUAUUCCCGCUGGUCAAGCUGUCCAGUUGACUGGACAGCCAAGCAUUACUCCAUCUUCUUCGCCAUCCCCAGGUCCGGUUACAAAUAACCAAGUCCCUACAGUUAUGUCAUCUUCGUCUACCACUCCUCAGUCACAAGGACCCCCUCCUACUGUCAGCCAGAUGCUUUCUGUAAAGAGGCAGCAGCAGCAGCAACAUUCACCAGCAUCAUCGCAGCAGCAGGUACAGGUACAACAACCAAUACAAAUGCAAGUUCAGUCACAACAAGCUAAUACAGGAGUUGGCCAGCCUAACUCUGGUGAGUCUAGUCUGAUAAAACAACUGCUUCUUCCAAAAAGAGGCCCCUCGACUCCAGGGGGGAAGCUUAUACUCCCAGCUCCACAGAUUCCUCCACCUAACAAUGCAAGAGCUCCCAGCCCUCAGGUGGUUUAUCAGAUGGCCAAUAACCAGGCACCAGGUUUUGGAGUUCAAGGACAGUCUCCAGCUCAGCAGCUGCUAGUUGGACAGCAAAAUGUUCAGCUGGUCCCAGGUGCAAUCCAGCCCCAAGGGGCAGUACAAACAGUACCCAUUUCUAAUUUACAGAUAUUGCCAGGCCAGUUGAUCUCAAACAGCCCAGCAACUAUUUUCCAAGGGACUACUGGCAACCAGGUUACGAUAACAGUUGUGCCAAAUACGAGUUUUGCUACUGCAACUGUGAGUCAGGACUCUCCAGCUACUCAAGCACCUUCAGCUGGACAAUCACCAUGUACUGCUGCUCCCCCAUUCAAAGGUGAUAAAAUAAUUUGCCAAAAGGAGGAAGAAGCAAAGGAAGCAACAGGUUUACACAUUCAUGAACGUAAAAUUGAAGUUAUGGAGAAUCCUUCCUGCCGAAGAGGAGCUGCAAACACCAGCAAUGGGGAUGCAAAAGAAAAUGAAAUGCAGGUGGGAAGUCUUUUAAAUGGGAGAAAGUAUAGUGACUCCAGUCUACCUCCUUCUAACUCAGGGAAAACUCAGAAUGAGGCCAAUCAGUGCUCACAAGUCAGUAAUGGGCCAUCAUUAGAAAUGGGUGAGAACGGAGCUCCCGGAAAGCAGAACUUUGAACAGAUGGACACACAGGAAAUUAAAAGUGAUUUGAAGAAGCCCCUAGUUAAUGGAAUCUGUGAUUUUGAUAAAGGAGAUGGUUCUCAUUUGAGCAAAAACAUUCCAAAUCACAAAACUUCCAAUCAUGUAGGAAAUGGUGAGAUAUCUUCAGUGGAACAACAAGGGAAUUUGGAUGCCACGCAGCAAGAUACUGCCAAAGGUGAUCAAGGGGAAAGAAUUUCUAAUGGGCCUGUAUUAACUUUGAGUAGUUCACCUGUUGUAAGCGGUACACAGGAGGCUGCAAAACUGUUAACCCAGCAACUUAGUGGUACCAACACUGAUUUACCUAAUGGACCUCUAGCUUCAAGUUUGAAUUCAGAUGUGCCUCAGCAACGCCCAAGUGUAGUUGUCUCACCACAAUCUACAGCCUCUGUUAUACAGGGGCAUCAAAUCAUAGCAGUUCCACACUCAGGACCUAGAGUGUCCCAGUCUACCCUGUCAUCCGAAGUUCGGUCUACUAAUGGCACAGCAGAAUGCAAAACUGUAAAGAGGCCAGCAGAGGAUAAUGACAGGGAAACUGUUCCAGGAAUUCCAAAUAAAGUAGGAGUUAGAAUUGUUACAAUCAGUGACCCCAACAAUGCUGGUUGCAGUGCAACUAUGGUUGCUGUGCCAGCUGGAGCGGAUCCAAGCACUGUAGCGAAAGUAGCAAUAGAAAGUGCUGUUCAACAAAAGCAGCAGCAUCCAACCACGUAUAUACAAAGCAUGGUCACACAGAGCACACCUGCAACGUCGAUACCAACAGUGCAAGUACAGGGCCAGCAGAUCAAUUUGCAGCCGCCUUCAUACACUGCAGCAAGUCAGCAUGCAGAGCAAAUGAAAAAACCUGGACAGAACUUCAUGUGUCUCUGGCAGUCUUGUAAAAAGUGGUUUCAAACACCGUCACAAGUUUUCUAUCAUGCAGCAACUGAACAUGGAGGAAAGGAUGUCUACCCAGGGCAGUGCUUAUGGGAGGGAUGUGAACCUUUCCAGCGGCAGAGGUUUUCCUUCAUUACUCAUCUACAGGAUAAGCACUGUUCCAGAGAUGCUUUGCUUGCAGGAUUAAAGCAAGAUGAACACGGACAAGCAGGAAAUCAGAAGCCUUCCAAUAAGCAGCCAGCUGCAGGGGGUACUGCCUCUACCCCCAGAGCACAGAAGGCCAUUGUGAAUCAUCCAAGUGCUGCCCUAAUGGCAUUAAGGAGGGGAUCAAGAAACCUCGUCUUCAGAGAUUUCACAGAUGAAAAAGAGGGACCAAUAACUAAACACAUCCGAUUAACAGCUGCCUUAAUAUUAAAAAAUAUCGGUAAAUAUUCAGAAUGUGGUCGCAGAUUGCUAAAAAGACAUGAAAAUCAUCUAUCAGUGCUAGCCAUUAGUAAUAUGGAAGCUUCCUCCACACUUGCCAAAUGCCUUUAUGAACUUAAUUUUACUGUCCAGAGUAAAGAACAUGAAAAAGACUCUGAGAUGCUGCAGUGAGAAAAGUCCCUCUUGUACAUCGGGACAGAGAUAGUCAAACACAUUUCAAAUACUGUUACUGAAGAAAGCACCAAGUCUUAAUGGAACAGAGACCAUAGAUUGAAUUAUUUUAUCUCCUCCCAUGAUGCUGAGAGGAAGCUUUGUAUUCUGAUCACUCAACGAAUCCCUUUGUUCUGUUUAGAAAAAGGAGGAAAAAAAAACUGCCAUGGGAUUUUCGACCAGCUGUCUGCAGGAUGUCUCUCAAAUCUGAUAAAUCCUGAAGGAAACUGGUGUGAUCAGAAUUCAGUACCAUCCACAUUGGAAUAAACAUGGAAUAUUGUAAAACCUACAUGAGCAGAUGAAAUAGAAGCAUUAAAUAUUUUUAUCUAUAUCCAAAAAGGAGCACAUUUUUAUAUUUACGAAACCGUUUAAGCUGGUUUGAAUAAAAAAAGAAAAGUUUCAGCACACCUGUAACCCCCUGGUCUCGGAGGGUGCCACCAGUAUCUAGCUAUGGAUUGCGUGUUUUGUUUAGAAAUCAGUAGCUUGGUUUUCUUACUUGAGCCAAUAUAUUUUCACUUAUUUAUUAUCAUAAAAAUUUACCAGUCUGAAUAGAUCUUGUAAAUAUUUGUGAAUAGAA